AGCGGCGGUCUACGCUUUCACCACGGUCGCCAGCGUAUUUUGCCACUUAGUAGUAUCUGCUUUCUCCAUCUUCGGAAUGAUCUCGAGCGGCGUGCGCGACAUGGAGCUGGGCUCGUGGGUGUAUUGGGCAGCAGCCCUACAUGCGACGGUCGCGGUCAUCAUCAACGGGGAUCUGGCCUCUGAUGGAUUGGAAAGGAAUGCAUAAUUUCGUCGAUUGGAUGCGCGGGCUCCCUUCUCGGCGGAACAGAGGCUAUGCACGAAUGUCUGCUCCGGGGCUGCAAACGGCGUCAUAUACCACCUCCCAGAUAGACGAGCCGGGAAUAGGAGCGCAGAUGAUAAGACCAUAUAGCCGGGCAACACUGGGGCCGCCGGUGCCGCGGAGGGUCUUGGCGGUAUUGGUUUUUUUCUUUUUCUUUAUUUGGACUUUGCUUUUACGGGCUAGAUCGAACUCAACCAUCCACGCGGCCACGUCGCGCAAGGUCCGCCUCACUUGUCCUGAGUCGAAGAGGUCAAGUGGCGCUUUCUGCUUCUGAUAACGGUCCGCAUCGCUACUCUGUAGAUCAUUGCGCCAGGCGCAAUAUACUCGAACAUGCGACCAUGCAUGCUGCUGUCCGCGGUGCAUAAUAUCCCUUGUCUGGCGCGGGAACGGGCGCAGCGUUAGGUCGCGAUAGGGUCUAGAAGUCGUCCUAUCGCGUCGUGCCACUCAGCCGGUAGCCUGCCGAUAGAGGUCCU